CGUCGCGCUCGCUCACACCAGCCGCAGCCACUCUCGCCCGCGGCCGCUUCCUCCAUCCUGGUAUUUUGCGGAGCCUCCAUCCUGGUUCUUCCCAAGUGCCCGGACCCAAAACAGGAAAGUAUCACAGAGGUAGGCACAUGGAGGAAAAACAGUCUGGAUAACAUGAAAGUGAUGCUGGUGAUUAAGGGAAGGCGAUCUGUUUCUGUGGGAAGGGCAGUAGCUGAUCCACCUGUUUUCUAGAUUUGAGUAUGAGCACAGUUGAAGAGGAUUCUGACACAGUAACAGUAGAAACUGUGAACUCAGUGACUUUGACUCAGGAUACAGACGGGAACCUCAUUCUUCACUGUCCUCAGAAUGAAACUGAUGAAAUAGACUCUGAAGAUAGUACCGAACCACCACAUAAAAGACUCUGUUUGUCUUCUGAGGAUGACCAGAAUAUUGAUGAUUCUACUCCUUGCAUAUCAGUUGUUGCACUUCCACUUUCAGAAAAUGAUCAGAGCUUUGAGGUGACCAUGACCGCAACCACUGAGGUGGCAGAUGAUGAAAUUACAGAGGGAACUGUGACACAGAUUCAGUUUCUUGAGAAUGAGCAACUAGAUGAAAUAUCCCCUUUGGGUAAUGAGGAGGUUUCAGCAGUUAGUCAAGCCUGGUUUACAACUAAAGAAGAUAAGGAUUCGCUAACUAAUAAAGGACAUAAAUGGAAGCAAGGAAUGUGGUCCAAGGAAGAAAUUGAUAUUUUGAUGAGCAAUAUUGAACGCUAUCUGAAGGCACGUGGAAUAAAAGAUGCUACAGAAAUCAUCUUUGAGAUGUCAAAAGAUGAAAGAAAAGAUUUCUACAGGACUAUCGCCUGGGGUCUGAACCGGCCUUUGUUUGCAGUUUAUAGAAGAGUUCUUCGCAUGUAUGAUGACAGAAAUCAUGUGGGAAAGUACACACCUGAUGAAAUUGAAAAGCUGAAGGAGCUCCGGAUAAAGCAUGGCAAUGACUGGGCAACAAUAGGGGCGGCACUAGGAAGAAGUGCAUCUUCCGUCAAAGAUCGUUGCAGACUGAUGAAGGAUACUUGCAACACAGGGAAGUGGACAGAAGAAGAAGAAAAAAGACUUGCAGAGGUGGUUCACGAAUUAACAAGCACUGAACCAGGUGACAUAGUCACACAGGGUGUGUCCUGGGCAGCUGUGGCAGAACGAGUGGGUACCCGCUCAGAAAAGCAGUGUCGUUCUAAAUGGCUCAACUAUCUGAACUGGAAACAGAGUGGAGGUACUGAGUGGACCAAGGAAGAUGAGAUCAACCUCAUCCUCAGAAUUGCAGAGCUUGAAGUUGCUGAUGAAAAUGACAUUAACUGGGAUCUCUUAGCAGAGGGAUGGAGUAGCGUCCGUUCACCCCAAUGGCUUCGAAGUAAAUGGUGGACUAUCAAAAGGCAAAUUGCAAAUCAUAAGGAUGUUUCAUUCCCUGAUGGUGAUCGAUCUGUCGGAGAAUCAAUGUUCUUUUUGUCUACCCAUCUCCCUUCAGUCUUAAUAAAAGGUCUUAAACAGUUACAUGAGAAUCAAAAAAACAACCCAGCGCUAUUGGAGAGUAAAUCAGGAUCUGGAGUUCCAAACAGUAAUUCCAAUUCCAGUGUACAGCAUGUUCAGAUAAGAGUUGCCCACUUAGACGACAGUACAUCCAUCGCUCCAAGUCCCAUGGCAGCCUUGCAGAUUCCAGUCCAGAUAACACAUGUCUCUUCAACAGACUCCUCCCCUGCUGCUGCUGUUGACUCAGAAACAAUAACACUAAACAGUGGAACACUACAGACGUUUGAGAUUCUUCCAUCUUUCCACUUACAGCCCACUGGUACUCCAGGUACCUACCUACUUCAAACAAGCUCAAGCCAAGGUCUUCCCCUAACUCUGACCGCUAGUCCUACAGUAACUCUGACAGCUGCUGCUCCUGCAUCUCCUGAACAGAUCAUCGUUCAUGCUUUAUCCCCUGAACAUUUACUGAACACAAGUGAAAAUGUCACAGUACAGUGUCACACACCAAGAGUCAUCAUUCAGACCGUUGCAACAGAGGACAUCACUUCUUCUAUCUCCCAAGCGGAACUGACAAUAGAUAGUGAUAUUCACUCAUCUGAUUUUCCUGAGCCUCCAGAUGCCCUAGAAGCAGACACUUUCCCCGAUGAAAUUCAUCAGCCUAGAAUGACUGUUGAGUCAUCAUUUAAUGAUGCUCAUAUAUCCAAAUUCAGUGACCAAAACAGCACAGAACUGAUGAAUAGUGUUAUGGUCAGAACAGAAGAAAUAUCUGUUACCGACCUUAAACAAGAAGAAUCACCCUCUCAUUUAGCUCAUGCUUAUGUUACUGAGGACUUAACAUCUCCCACCAUAGAAGAACAAGUUGAUCAGGCAAUUGAUGAUGAAACCAUCCUUAUUGUUCCUUCACCUCAUGGAUUUAUCCAGGCCUCUGAUGUUAUAGAUGCUGAGUCUGUCUUGCCUUUGACAACACUAACAGAUCCCAUACUCCAGCAUCAUCGAGAAGAGUCAAAUGUAAUUGGAUCAUCUUUGUGCAGCCCUGUUUCAGAAGACUCAAAGGAUGUUGAGGACUUGGUAAACUGUCAUUAAAUUUAGUCUUUGAAACA